AUGACACCUGGGCUACGCCGCCUGGCAGCUGCGGGACACCCAAUUGCAGAGGUUUACCUUCACCGCAGCCGGGCCGUUAAUGGGCAGUGGGCAGGGGCAGCCAGACUGGGUCGUCGGGAAGCUCGCAGCCACAAGGAAAGAGCACAACCUGCACAGGAACGGGUGCUGCUGGGACAAGCGCUGCUCCUAAGCUUUAGAAUUGGAAGUUCAGAUCCGCUUUUACCAGUGUACAACAGCUGUGAUCCAGGGAACGCACAGAGCGCAGAGACGUUAAGUAACUUGGUUAGCGUUGCACAGCUGGUGUCGGGGCUGAGCAGCCUGACCUGUAAGCUGGAUCUCCUGACCUCCGUGCAUCCUCCUUCUCUGUCCUGCAUGGCCUGCAGCAGCCACCGAGAGCCUGAUUCAGUGAACUCCAGGCUGGUCUGCAUCCUGUGCGUCAGCGCCUGGCCCAGCAUCCUCCAGGCAUCUGAGGACAGCUAG